UUCUUUGGAAUGGAUAACAAAACAUGCUUGCGCCGGUGUCAAUAAAACCGCGUCCUGAUAUUCUUGGCUGAUUGUUUUAAACUGAAUUUCAUUAAGUAUACUCGUUUGUGAUAAGGAGAAUAGCGUGAUAUUCUAGAAAAGUGUUUCUUGGUUUUUAGAGACCGAAAAUGAAGCGUUGUUUAUUAUUUGUAUGGGCAAUUUUAUCUGCAACUCUUAUUACUGAGGCAUCUGCAGCUAGUGGUUCUGUUGAAUUGGAUGAGUAUUCUUUUCAUAAAGUUAUCAAUAAAUUUGAAGCUUCACUAGUAAAGUUCGACGUAGCAUUCCCUUAUGGUGACAAACAUGAUGCAUUCGUGGCGCUCGCAAAGGACUCUAAAGACGUUGAGGACCUUUUAGUGGCUGAAGUUGGAGUCAAAGAUUACGGGGAAAAAGAUAACGAAGAGCUUGCUAAGAAAUACGGUGCUACAAAGGAUAAUUUCCCAAUAGUGAAGCUAUUUGUUAAAGGCAAAAGUGAACCUAUUCUAUUCGACGACUCAAAGGGUUUCUCAGCCGACGAGCUGCGGCGCUUCGUCCGAGAAAAAACUGGGCUGUACUUAAGUUUACCUGGCUGUGUUAAAGAACUUGAUAAGCUUGCUGCUAAAUUUAUGCAAGCAGAUAAGGACAAAAAGAAAGAAAUAUUAAAAGAAACAAAAGAUGCAUUAGAGAAAAUUCCAGAAAAGGAUGCAGUUGCUGGGAAAAUCUACAAACUGAUCAUGGAAAAAAGUCUAGAAAAGGGUGAUGAAUUUACUAAAUUAGAAAAUGAGAGAGUUAAGAAACUUUUAAGUGGUAAAUUAUCUGAAGAAAAGAAGAAGGAAUUAGGCAUUAGACUUAAUAUUUUGCAAUCUUUCCAACUGCUAGAUAAGCAAAAAUCUGUUGUCAAAGAUGACUUGUGAUUUAAGAAAUACAUUUGUAAGGCUAUACCGCUGUUCAAUUAUCUCAACUAAUAUUUGAUCAUACCUUUUAUCUAUUAUAGUAUUUGAAAGAGAUGUUUGCAUCUUCACUGUCACCAACUCACCUGGUGACCUCACUUUCGUACAAAAAAAUUAUAGUGCUAUCAAACUUAAUUUUUUAGUGUUAAAAAGGAGUAAGAUCAAGUUUUGGUUAUUGAUAAGUGGUAUACCAACAAAAUUACCGAAUUUUUAAAAAAAUGAUCAGAGUGCUAUUUAUAAGUAAUUUGUUUUGUUUGUGCAGAUUUUCAUUCCAUCCACUUAUAUUUUAAUUUUAUACACUAUUUUAGGAUAAUUAAAUGUACCAAAGGAAGUGAAUGAUUUAUUUUAUGACUAGUUUUAGGACUUGCAUUUAAACUGCAAGUUACGAGUGCUGUUGACACUAAAUAUGAAGCAAUGCUUACUUAUUGUUAUGUGUGAAGGGUUCCAACACAAAAUAAAAUACGAA